CCCUGGCGCGCACACGCAGGCACACGCACCCUCCCGCACUGCUCCACGCCCCUGGCCGCGGCCCGGGCGGGCGCUGUGCGGCGCGGCGGGCGGGCCCGGGGCGGGGGCGGCGGCGGCGGCGGCGGCGGCGGCGGCGGCCGGGAGAGCGGAGGAGGCGGAGCAGGGAGCCGGGAGCCGGCUGGCCCGCGCUCCUCCUGCCGGCCGGGGAUUUUCCAGCCUGGGCGCUGUCGCCUCGGACCUCCUGCGGCCGCGGCGGACAUGGGCGACAAAGGGACGCGGGUGUUCAAGAAGGCAAGCCCGAAUGGAAAGCUCACUGUCUAUCUGGGAAAGCGGGACUUUGUGGACCACAUCGACCUCGUGGACCCUGUGGAUGGCGUGGUCCUCGUGGAUCCUGAGUAUCUCAAGGAGAGGAGAGUCUAUGUGACACUGACCUGCGCCUUUCGCUAUGGCCGGGAGGACCUGGAUGUCCUGGGCCUGACCUUUCGCAAGGACCUGUUUGUGGCCAACGUGCAGUCCUUCCCACCAGCCCCCGAGGACAAGAAGGCCCUGACGCGGCUGCAGGAGCGCCUCAUCAAGAAGCUGGGCGAACAUGCCUAUCCUUUCACCUUUGAGAUCCCUCCAAACCUCCCGUGCUCCGUGACAUUGCAGCCGGGGCCUGAAGACACAGGGAAGGCCUGCGGUGUGGACUAUGAAGUCAAAGCCUUCUGUGCCGAGAACCUGGAGGAGAAGAUCCACAAACGGAAUUCUGUGCGCCUGGUUAUCAGGAAGGUUCAGUAUGCCCCCGAGAGGCCUGGCCCUCAGCCCACAGCUGAGACCACCAGACAGUUCCUUAUGUCGGACAAGCCCUUGCAUCUUGAGGCUUCCCUGGACAAGGAGAUCUAUUACCAUGGAGAACCCAUCAGCGUUAACGUCCACGUCACCAACAACACCAACAAGACAGUAAAGAAGAUUAAGAUCUCGGUGCGCCAGUACGCGGACAUCUGCCUUUUUAACACAGCCCAGUACAAGUGCCCCGUGGCCAUGGAAGAGGCCGAUGACACCGUGGCUCCCAGUUCAACCUUCUGCAAGGUCUACACACUGACUCCAUUCCUGGCCAACAACCGAGAGAAGCGGGGCCUCGCUCUGGACGGGAAGCUCAAGCAUGAAGACACAAACUUGGCCUCCAGCACCCUGUUGAGGGAAGGAGCCAACCGGGAAAUCCUGGGCAUCAUUGUUUCCUACAAAGUGAAAGUGAAGCUCGUGGUAUCACGGGGCGGCCUGUUGGGAGACCUUGCAUCCAGUGACGUGGCCGUAGAACUGCCCUUCACCCUAAUGCACCCCAAGCCCAAAGAGGAACCCCCACAUCGUGAAGUUCCAGAGAACGAGGUGCCAGUAGAUACCAAUCUCAUAGAACUUGACACAAAUGAUGAUGACAUCGUGUUUGAGGACUUUGCCCGCCAGAGACUGAAAGGCAUGAAGGACGACAAGGAGGAGGAAGAGGAUGGUACUGGCUCGCCACAGCUCAACGACAGAUAGACUGGGGCCGGCCCUUCCUCUGGGCAGCUCCAGGUCCGCAUUCAUGCACUAGGAUGCUUAUUCGUCUUCUUCCUGUCCUUAUUACCCCUCCCCCUUUUCCUUCUAGUUCCUUCCGGGGGGCGGGGGGGCCCAGCGGUCUUCCAGGUCAUGGUGGUGAACCUCUGGCCUCAGGAUUGGCCCCACAUCACCACGCCAGCAGGGUCACGAGGACCACCUUCCCCCCAUCACCCCACUCAUGGGUCACCCUCCAGACUCUUCUCUUUUCCUGCUGACCCCCAGAAAGGCCAUCCGGGCUCUGGCCUUGGGAUUUUACUUGGGAUGAGGAUCAGAAUGGGGAGGGUGGGGCAGAGGGCUCAAGAUACGGGAGAGGAUGCCUGUGGCCCCAGGUGGCUGGCGCAGCUCUGGCAGCUAAAAGAUGACCACGCUGAGGGCCACCCUCUUCUGGCCAUGAGAGGCAAACCUGUGGAUUGAUUCUCAAUGCUUUUUACAGUCCGGACCCACCAAACACCUCUCCCCUUCCACCCCUCCAUCCCCAUCCUGUGUCCCUCUGUGUCUCACAGUGACAUUGGUGAAGGUUCACAGACCCCAGGAGUAGAGAAAAACCACUGGACUGACUUUCUUACCAGCAGUUACCCAGUCUAAGGCAAGCUGUGUGAACUAGCCCAAGUCUAAUUCAGUCCUCUCAGGAUGUGACAUCCCAGCUACCUUGUACCUUAUACGUGUGUCCUAUCUAUACACAUGCACAGAGGGAGAAGGGAGGAGUCUUCGCAAAGCACCAACAGGCCUCAUAGUGAGGCCAAGCUCCUGGGGGCUUUUCCAGAAGGGUAGCUCCGAGAGAUGGGGUUUAGGGGCAGGAAGAUGAGUAUCUGCUCAAUUCCCUCCUUUGCAGACUUAAGAGCAAUCAGUGAUCCCACAGGAAGUAAGGCUGGAGGUCCAGAUGGGGCUGGGGACACCGGUCCGGUCCCCUACUACCUCCCUUCACAGCCCUCCAGGGCUGAGCUGGGCUGGCCCUGCAGGGUGGGAGAGUGUGCGUGGGGGUCAUCAUGCCCACAGUCAAAGGGCCUUCUGCCCCAGGAGGUGGCGUGGUCCAUCAAGAUGCCCUCCCCUAAAAGGAAGGGGGCUGCUGGGUAGCAAGGAACCCUUCAUUUCCUUGGGGAUUUAAUGACCCCCCAGUAGGUCCUGGUGUCAUGGAUGCCUGGUACCCACUGGCUGGGGUUGAUGUGAUUGGGGCCUGCGACAGGGCAAGGCAGAUGAUGAGGCAGAAAGUGAUAAAAGGUAUUUGUUCUUGUCUGGUC